ACGAUCGUCGUUAAUCUCCCUCAUCACAAAAGCUCCCAAGAAGAGCUUGAGACCGAAAGCUUAACGCCAUGUCUUCCUCAUUAGAACAGCUCGAAAAUCAACUGGAAACCUUCAUCGAGAAUGUCCGGCAGAUUGGAAUCCUCGUCAGCGAUUUCCAGCCGCAGGGACAGACCAUCUUGAAUCAGAAGUUGCAAAAUAUGAUUACAAACAUACAGGACAUUGACAAGUUACGAUCUGCUGUUCAGGAUGUCCAUGUGCCUCUUGAAGUUUUUGAAUACAUUGAUGGAGGGAGAAACCCACAGCUGUACACGAAAGAUUGUAUGGAGAAAGCACUUACCAAAAAUGAACAGGUUAAUGGACGCAUUGAUGCUUACAAGAGGUUUAAAGCAAUGCUGUUGGUCGAACUCUCCCAUGUGUUCCCCAAUGAAAUGACAAGAUAUCGUGCUGUGAGGGAAGAAUUAGGUUAAAGAAUUUGAUAAAAGCUUGAAAAUCCAUAUAUAGUGUCUAAAUCUGAUGUACCCUAACUGUAAUAUAGGAAAUUUUGCAUAUCUCCUUGCUCAAUGUACUGAAAAGGAAAGGUUGAUGAUGCAGAUUUUCUUAUUUAUUUUGUCAUUAGAAAAAUUACUGUGAUUAAAAUUAUGUUUGGAGGCUACAUUUGUUUUAUGAGGUAAUUUUCACCAUUUCAGUUUGUUUUAUGUGUGUUUAGUCUUAUUAUGAGAUGGUCACUCUCUUUAUUCUUUUUUGAUUAAUGUAAAUUAAAAGGCACAGUCUUUCCUUUGGUAUGUAAACUUUAAGGAAUAAAGUAAUAUAUGCUUAGGUUUUGGAGAAUAGGAAUACAUUUUUUUAUAUGACUAAAGUUUCAUCACUAAUAAAUGUAUUAAAAAACUGA